AUUCAAUGGCUGCUUCCUGGCGAUGCACAAAGAAUCUUCCUUCUCAAUCAAAUGAUAGACAUCUGUCACACCAUCGCAGAUGUCUUCGUUCAACAACGAAGUUGAGAGCGAACUUGUUUUUUGGGGAAGAUGACUUGAGUUCAAGUACAAAUCAGAGCGAGGAGGUUAUCACAUUUUUGACAGCGACAGGGUUCGUGCAGCUGCCCAGCAGACCAUCCUGGCAUGUCCCUCGAAGGAUGCUGACAAUGGAGCCCCUUCCAACGGAGCAGGAGCAGGGACUUUGUGUGGGAGCAUCCUUCCGGAUAGCGGCCACGAAUGGUGCAGACCCCAAGCGCCGCCUCCAUUUGCUGGGCUUCUGCAGAUCGGUGAAUAGCCUUUCCGAGGUGGUGGAAGAUGCCGUGCUGCGCAGAGGCGGCUCCGUCAUGCUGCACCAUGUUGAAACCAAAAGCGGCGUCCAUGAAGUGUUGAAGAUGACCGUUGCAAUCCCAUUGCUGUAUGGCAUCCCUCCGGAAUAUGAGUACCUCAGGUCUGCCAUUUCGUCUGGCGGUGGCAUUGUUGAGAAGAUGUCGCGGCAGUGGCACAUGUAUUGAGACAGGCUUUAUGGCCAAGGCAGGUUCCCUGCUUCUCGGUGGUAGUUGAGGUGAUAUCAGCUCUUGCAGUCAGAUAAUUUCUGUACAUUGGCUGUAUCAGUAAGUGAGAAAAAAGUUGCCGUGCCUAUAGUGUAUGUAUGUACCCAUCUUAUGAUUGAUGAAGAGGUGGCGGAUCAUGUACUGCGCACCAAAUUUGAGUCUGAGUAGCCAGGCAUUGAUACCCUGGGCAUGUACCAAUAGGGAGUUGACCAUUUGCGGCAAGAGGAGAGCUGCACUUGGCUUUGUGUGUGCACUGCUGUUCAAGACAACAGAUCUGCAAAUGACAAUUUUUUGCUUUGCUGUACUGCACCCUGCCCUUCUGUGACACCACCUGAACAGAACUUGAAUAUAUGUGUCCUUCUUUUUUUACUAUCCUUUUCAAUCGAUUGGGCAAGUGAUUCAGAAGCAUCCGAGCCUCCCAAUUGGGGCUGGCACGGGUGUUUCUGCUGAUAUGUUUCAGCCGCGGGCAUGAACAGAGCUGUGGGUAAAUUAGGUGUUGGACAAAGAAAUGAAGAGGAUCGAGGGAGAAGUUGACAGAGAGGUUAUUAUCGUGAUUAUGGUGAUCACAUGAACAUGCAGGCCCAGAACAUGAGCAUCCGGGAUUGGUAAUUUCAGCACUGAGUACUGCAACUUCCUAACUUGAGUUGCCUUGCCACUUUCAUUCCAAGAGAUUUGGCCGAGCCUCAAGGAUUGAGCUCAAGUGAGUGCAUAUUCAUUGUGAAAGGGAAUUUUGAUGCUGUGGCAAUCUGAGGGCGCGUGUGACCCGUGAAAAUUUGAAAUCCCAUUUCAAAUUGC